UUUUACCAAUUCUUCAUUAUAUUAAUUUCUAAAGGAAUAGGAGUCUUUUAAUAAAACUUUAUUACUCGACGAAUAGUUCCGUAAAAAUGUUCAUUGUUUUAAUAAAUGUUUUUCCGAGCUUCGAGAUUUACUAUAUCGAUCACACGUGACUCGCGAACUGUUUCCUUUUAUCGAGAGAACGACGUUUCGACACUUUAAUUCGACGAAUCGUUUCGAAAAUAUAUCAAGACAUUUCUUCGAGAUCGUAAUAAGAUUCUCAUGGCGCCGCUUGAUUUUUACGAUCUAUUCAAUAUUAUUAAAAUAUUUCCAAAUGAUUCAUGUUGCUGUAAUUCGAUGUCCGUUGAACGAUUAUUUGAUAGAAAGCGAGAAACAGGAGGAAAGAAAACGUUGAGAGAAAUAAAUGCUUCAUUAACGGAGAUCGAUACGAGUACGAAGUAAUUAUUUCACGGUUGACCGUGAUUCCGCAUCCUGAAAAUGUCCAAAGUUCGAAAAUACUAUGGAAUAAUGUGAAAUUUAUUGCAUGAAUUCUGCAUGCCAACCAGCUCGAUCAAGAAAGCUGUAAGGCAACUUAUAAUUUUGCCGAUUAGCGAUAACGCAACGGAAUAUAAAUGAUCGCUUAAAACUUAAACAUUCGUACGUAACGUAAAUAUCGAAAAUCUUUUACGAAUACAUGUUGAAUAUAUGUAUCGUAUACGAUUUCAUCGUAUGUAUGAUCACGAUUUAAGAGUCCAACAAAUCCUUGGUAGUUUAGGUGCCUACAGAACGGCCGAGCAAAAGGUCAUAUUUCCUGCGAGUUACGACAGCAUCUGUAAUGUGUCCGUAACGUAUAUACAUACUGUCUUGUUACGUUGCAAGCAACACCGAUGUGGUCUCAAUGACGUAUUCAGAAAGUAUUACGCGUACUCCCGGUAUAAUUUUUCUUGCGUCUUUUUUUUUUUCCUUUUCCAUACUAUUUGAAGGAUGAUCGUUGUUUAUCCGUUCGUUUAAUCGUUUAUAUCUCGUUAAGAGAGACUCGUGGCGUCAAGGUUACAGAAUUCCGACAAAUUACAUUAACAAGAGAUAUUUAUUAAGCAUUUAUAGAAAAUCGAAUGGAUUAAACGAGGUAAAUCUUUCAAAUUCUCCUUAUAUUCAUCGUUGAAGUUGAAGCGAAACUAAAUUUGAUCAAGGCAUAGCAUGGAGUUUUCGAUUUCCGUCGAUGGGCACCCUACAAAAUUUAGGUGCCAGCGGACGACGCCGCAAGAGAGGCUUUUCUUCUUCGAGCUCUUGCAAGGAUCUUCGACGGCAAAGACAUACGAUUCAUCUACAGCCAGAAGUGAUUAUUCAAAAGGAACCAUGCCUGAUCGUGACUCCACCGUCGCCAGAGAAUUUCAUUAGGGCUAAUCAAAGAUCGGUGGAGGAAGUCGAAGAAGAGGAGGAGGAAGGAGAGGAGGAGGUGGCGGAGGAGGAGAAGAGUGAUAGAAGGGAGGAUAGCGACGCAUGUCUUCUACAUCGAGAGAUAUCUCUCUCGAAAGGACCCGAGAGCAACAAUAAUUUAAAUCCACCAAUGCGAAUAACGAUGAGAGAAGUCACGCUGACGUUCUUACAGGAGCAACCGGAAGAAUCGACGCGGAAACUGUUAGAAAGAGAAUUGCGGCUUUUAGAUCCACGUGAUUUACGCUCGCACGCUUGGUAUCAUGGUUGCACGCUCCGAGGUGGUAGAAAAGGUGCUGAAGCAGAAGUACCCAACGACGGUGAUUUCCUCGUCAGGGAUUGUGCCUCGCAACCAGGCAACUAUGUUCUCACCGUACGAUGGAAGGGACAGCCGCUUCAUUUCGUCAUAAACAGAGUCGUAAUUCAGCCGGAAACGGUCUACGAGAGAGCACAAUACCAGUUUGAGGACGAAGCCUUCGACACGGUCGCCGAUCUGAUAACCUUUUAUGUCGGUAGUGGUAGGCCGAUAAGUCAAGCGAGCGGUGCUCGAAUCAUAACUCCAAAGCCAAGAUCGGUGCCACUGACCUGUGUAAGCGGUGGCCCUACUGUUAAUCAACAUGGUUCGAGUCCAUCCUCGUCGUCUUUGUCGACUGGUUCACCACCGCGAUUGCCAAGGAAGCAACAACGUAGCCAUUCCUUGACAGCGCAACACCACGUACCAGAUCAGCAUGGAGCCAACAGAGAGACUGGAAGUCAGCAAGCAAAUGCUCCAAUACAAUCGAGUACAUUACCAAGAAUACCACCUAUACAGAGUCAACCACCUUCGUGUUCGUUGUCAUUGGGCCGUCAAAAAAUUAUCAGAGUGAUCUCGGAUCCAGCGCUUCAACAACAGCAACAACAGUUGCAGCAACAACAGCAGCAACAUCAGCCAUUGAAUCAUCAAAAUACGAUAGCGGGUUCUGCUCCGCCGAAACCACCAAGAGUACCGUACGUUGGUAAUCAUCAGCAACAUCAUCAUCAUCGCCAUCAUCAUCAUCAGGGUUAUCAAGCUUCCGGAAGUGAUAGUGGCAACGGAUCAGGGGAUAGUGAAUUCGAGACCAAUAACUCGGGCGGUACCAGUCAACCGUCAUCGUCCGCACCCAUAAAAGGUGUGGUCAUACGAAGUCAUUACAAUACCAGUAACGACGGUACAAAUGGUAAUAAUGGCAAUGAAUAUGAGCUAAGUGCCGAGGAACAGCUCGUAGUCGCUGCUCCUUCGUUAGAAGUCACGACGGUGCUCGAUAUCGAAGGUUUCUCGACUCUUUUAUUACCAGCUGGAGAACAUCGGCCUCUAGAUCCGACCGCGCUAAGAGGCGUCUCGGGGAUGUUGCACGAUUCGGCACCGAGGGUCUUAGCGUCGCACCUCACCAGGAUCGAUCUCGAAGUCGCCCUUCAGCCUGGUUCUGGCAAUCGUAGUGGAUUGAGCGGAAUCGAAUUAGCAACGCUGCCUCACGGUAGACAAGCUAGGAUGGAUCUUAUCGAAAGGUCCGAGUGUUUAAAGCUUCUAGUCGCGGUGACCGUUCUAGCCGGUGCUACGGCAAUCGAGAGAGCGGCGACGAUCAGUAAAUGGAUAAAGGUUGCGAUAGAUACCAAAACGGCUCUAGGAAAUCUUUAUGGUUUCUGCGGUGUAAUGCUUGGCUUAUGCCUCCCACAAAUACAGAGAUUGGCAAAUACGUGGCAUCUUCUCAGGCAAAAGCAUACGGAAGAAGCUUUUAGCUUCGAAGCUAAGCUAAGGCCUACUCUUCGUGCCAUGAACGAAUGCACGAAUCCUCAAGCGCCUAAUACGACGUUACCCCACCUUCUACCAAUCGCUUUGCUUGAGGAACGUGGCCCAGAGGAUGUUCUCGGAACUGUAGCACCUUCUGGACUAGCAGCAGCGAUACUCUCGCCUUGGGAAAACUCUGCACCCGAUUGCGGUCUUUCCAUAGUUUGGUCUCAUCUAGAAGCUGCGCGUAAACUCGCCGAGAGCUUGCCAUUGUUCCGACGAAACGCUGAGAUCGCUUUGGAAGGUUGUAGAAGUGACGAAUUGCUAUCUGAUGCGUUUCGAACGGAGUUUCACAUAAAGUUUUUAUGGGGUAGUCGGGGUGCGACGGUGGCACCCGAGGAAAGGCAUCUCAAGUUCAGUCAGGUCCUGGACGCAAUGUUCGACAAGUGCUCCGCUAGCGAAGUAUCGGCGUAAAUAAAAUAAUAGAGUUAUACCGAACCUCUUGUAUUUCGAAGUCUGUAGGAUCUUAUUAGAAAACUUAAAGUUAUCGUUUGGUAAAAAGAAUUAAGGACAUCGAUGCAAGCGAUGCAAGCGACAUAUGCAA